CUAUUUCUGCUUAAUUUCCUUGUCAUUCCAGCUUCACAGAUUGGAAACAAAAAAAUUCCAAGAAGAAUUCCACUGAAUCUCAGCGUCAUUCCUCUUGAUUCUUUGUUUAUAUUUUGAAGUACCUGGAACCCUCUUAAGCUCCAUCAAACCCCAUUGAUCUGACUUCCUGAAAACAAUUCCCCAAAGGGCAUACAUUUUUCAACAGCCAUGCCUUCAAACAUCCAAAUACCAUCAACCAAAGCAAUCAUCUCUGCUGCAGCCUCUGUAACUGCCACAGCCAUGCUUAUUAGGUCCUUCGCCAAUGAUAUCAUCCCCCAGGAGUUCAGACACUUGUUCUUCACCAAAGUUCACCAGCUUUUCACAGCAUUCUCCAAUGAAGUCAUCUUAGCCAUCGAUGAAUACGAUGGCCUCGGCCAAAAUCAACUCUUCAAGGCUGUAGAAGUUUACUUGGGAUCCAUUCUAAGUCCGUCCACCAAAAGGCUUCGAGCCACGUUGCCUCAAAAAGAAAAGAAAAUCAACGUUUUCAUGGAAAGCAAUGAAGAACUCACCCAACAAUUUAACGGAAUCCAGCUAAAAUGGAGGAUGGUUCGUGAGCAGAUUCAACCGAGAUACGUUACGAUGCCUGGUGACUACAAUUCAACUAUGAUAUCUGAACACCGGUAUUAUGAAUUAAUCUUUCACAAGAAGCAUAAGGAAAUGGUUAUUGGUGAGUACUUGCCUUAUGUUUUGGAAAGAUCCAAGGAUGUUGAAGUUGAAAAGAAGACACUGAAAUUGUUUAUGUUGGGAAAUGAUCGGAUGAUGGGGCAUAAGGGUAAUCCAUGGCAAUCAGUUAAUCUUGAUCAUCCAGCCACAUUUGACACUUUGGCGAUGGAUACAGAUGAUAAAAAGAUGGUCAUCAAUGAUCUUGAGAACUUUGUCCGAAGGAAAGAGCUUUAUAGGAAAGUUGGGAAGGCAUGGAAAAGAGGGUAUUUGCUGUUUGGGCCACCAGGAACAGGGAAAUCAAGUUUGAUUGCAGCCAUUGCCAAUUAUUUAAAAUUUGAUAUCUAUGACUUGGAGCUCACUGAUAUCAGGACCAACUCUGAUCUGAGAAGGUAUCUGAUUUCAACAGCUAAUCAGUCGAUACUCGUCGUGGAGGACAUUGAUUGCUCGAUUGAGCUCACGAACAACCGGCCAAAAGCAUCAAGGGCACCUGUGCACCCUCACCAAUAUGGUCAAGAAAACAGGGUUACCUUGUCUGGAUUGCUGAACUUCAUUGAUGGACUAUGGUCGAGCUGUGGGGAUGAGCGCAUCAUAGUGUUUACAACUAAUCAUAAAGAUAAGCUAGAUCCAGCUUUAUUGCGCCCUGGUCGUAUGGAUGUGCACAUUUACAUGUCGUAUUGCACCCCGUGCGGUUUCAAAUUGCUUGCUUCCAAUUACCUUGGAAUCAUAGAUCAUCCACUCUUCUUGGUUGUUGAGCAGCUGAUGAAAGUUACAAAGGUGACUCCUGCAGAGGUAGGAGAGCAGUUAUUGAAGAAUGGUGAGCCUGAAACUGCACUAGAAGGCCUGAUUCAGUUCCUUGAGGAAAAAAAGAAAAAUGUUGAAUUUGAAAAUCAUAAAAGUAAUCAACAAGCACCCGAAACUGUAGUUCCCCUUGAGCUCGAAGAAGAAGGUGGAAAUGAGGGAGAGACAAACGUAAUCAGCCUUGAAGCAAUCAAAGAGCUGGUAAAGAUGAAUAAAGUGUCUCCUGAUGAAGUUCAAGUGGUAAAGAAGGAUGAGGCUGAUAUUAUUUUGAGAGGCCUGAUUCAAUUGCUUCUGGAGAAAAAGAAGAUUCAAGUACUGAAAAUAGACUCAGGAUCUUCUGCUGAGAAACUCUCCCUGACCUGAAUUUGAAGGGAAAGGUGGGCAUAAAUGCGGGAGCACCUGAGCAGAGGAGGAUAACAAAAUUCGCAGAUCAUGUCCCCUGGUGCGAAACCAAGCUCAUCAUGUCUCCUGGUGCUAAACUACCUUUGUUUGGAUUGCAGUUUUCUAAGAAAAUAUUUUCACAUUUUUCGCGGACACAUUUUUUGUCGGAAAAAUUGCAAAGAACUGGCAAAUAUUGUAACAAGAAUCGGCUUCAAAUCGUGAUAGAUAUCACUUUCCUUUAGGCUUUAUUUGUCCGGUAUAAAGUGCAAUAACCUUGGACAAAUAUCCUUUAGGAUAAGAUGAAGUUUGUUUGUCUUAAACUCUUGCACAAAGCAAGACAAACCCUUGGUGAACUAAGGAGUGCUUUUUGAGAGAGUAUAGAAUAGUAGGAAAGUGAUUUUCUGCAGCAAACCACUCUCUACUUGACCUCUUUAUAUAGGAAGAUUGUUUGGGAAAC